AUGCCGGCCACCAACCAGGGCUGGCCCGAGUCCUUCGGGUUCCGGAUAAGCGGCUCGGGGCCGUGCUACAUCCUGUGGGUGCAGGAGGGCAGCAGCGCGGCGCUGGCGGGGCUGCGCCCUGGGGACGAAGUGCUGGAGAUCGAGGGACAGCCCGUGUCCUCCCUGGGCUGCGAGGCGCUGCUGGGGCUGGCCCGGCGCUGCGGCAACGUGCCCCCGAGCAUCGGCGUGGUGUCCCGGCUGCAGCACGCCAGCAUCCCGCCGGGACCCCGGGGAUGCUUCGGCUUCGAGCUGGCCAGCGAGAGCCCCCCACGCGUGGCCAGCGUGAGCCCCGCGUCGCCCGCGGCAGCCUGCGGGCUGGAGCCGGGGGAUUACGUGCUGGAGGUGGACGGGACCCCGGUGCUGCUGCCGGAGGCGGCGGCCGCGCUGGUGGGGUCGUGCCGAGGGCGCUCCCUGCGCCUGGCACUGCUGCGGCCGCAGCGCGGGGACACCGCCAGGGACCCCAGAGCCGGCACCGCCAGCCGCGACAGGAAGCAAAAAGCGCAGGAAUUCAGCAGGAAGGUGGAUGCCAUCCUCGGGGACCAGCCGGAGCUGAAGGAGAAGGUGUUCACCGUGCUGAAGCAGUACGCAGCCGAGAGGAGGGUGGAGUGCCUGGCCUAUGCCCUGUGCAUGGUGCUCACCCAGGAGUCCCACCAGCACCUGAUCGACAGCAUCAGGAUUUUCAUCCCCAAGAAGCACCGGCAGCGCUUUGACGAGGUGGUGUCGCAGAGCCUCAUCAGCAAGCUGUGCCGCUCCAAGAGCGAGCACAGCAACCGCCUGCGCCGCAGCCGCAGCGAGGACCACCAGGAGCGGCUGCUCGUGUCCACCCGCGCCAGCUCCGUGCCCCGCAGCCACGAGGAGCUCAGCAAGAGCCUGCGCAAAACCACCUCGCUCAUCACCAGCAAUGUGGCCUCGGGGGCUGCCCGCAGAACUGUGCGAGUUUAUAAAGGCAACAGGAGCUUUGGCUUCACACUCCGUGGCCAUGCCCCGGUGUGGAUCGAGUCUGUCCUGCCAGGGAGCCCAGCGGAGAAGGCUGCCCUCAAAGCUGGAGACAGGAUCCUGUUCCUCAACGGCCUGGACAUGAGGAACUGCUCCCACGACAAGGUGGUGUCGAUGCUGCAGGGCAGCGGGGCCAUGCCCACCUUGGUGGUGGAAGAGGGCAUUGUCAACUUCUCCAACGACUCUGACUCUGCUGAGUCCCCGAGCAGCUCCUCAGCCCUCACCUCCCUGCAGUGGGUUGCAGAGAUUCUCCCCUCUAGCAUCAAGAUCCAAGGAAGGACGUUCACACAGCAGCUGGAGCACCUGCUGACCCCACCUGAGCGUUUCAGCGUCUGCAAGGCUCUGGAGGGCUUCUUCCAACAUCGGAACAUUGACACUCUCAUUGUGGAUGUGUACCCGGUGCUGGACACACCAGCCAAGCAAGUCCUCUGGCAGUUUAUCUACCAGCUGCUGACCUAUGAGGAGCAGGAGCACUGCCAGCUAAAGAUUGACAGGUUUCUGGGGUACAAGGCCUUGGCAGGUGAGAGGGAGUCCCUGUGCUCCAGCAUGGACACUUGGUGUCCUGACAGGUGCUGGGAGCUCAGUCCAUUGUGCUGGGGUAGUUUUGGAAUGGAGCUGCAUUCCGAGGCAGAGGCUGAGGAUCGGUACCGCAGCUCCGUCCGAGGGGCCUCCCUGUGCCGGGGCAGCCUCCGCACCCCCCGCCCCGAGGAGGGGGCAGCAGGCAGUGACACCGUGGAGGUCCCCGUUCGCCUGAUCCCUGGAGAGAGGCAGGCUGGAGAUGGCACGUCCCUCCCGGAGACACCCAACCCCAAAAUGAUGUCGGCAGUGUACGCAGAGCUGGAGAACCGCCUGAUCGGGGGCUUGGCUGGCAAGAUGGGCAGUGCUGCCCUGCACAGGACAUCACCCCCCGCCCCCGAGCUGCCACACGCUGCAGGUGGCCGCAAGCCGGGGCUGGCGUGGCCGAGCGAGCCGCUGGCGAGCCAGCCGUGCUACUACCGGCUGCACAGCAGCGUGGCCUCGCCGUGCAGCACCGAGUCCAACCCCUACGUCAGCCUGGACAGCAGCCCGGCCCCGUCGCCCAAGCACCGCCAGUACUCGCCGCUGGCGCGGCGCAAGAAGCUCUUCACCUUCUCCAGGCCCCCGCGCAGCCGCGACACCGACCGGUUCCUGGACGCGCUCAGCGAGCAGCUGGGGCACCGCGUCACCAUCGGCGACGAGUUCCUCACCCCCGAGAACGACUACGAGGAGAUGAGUUUCCAGGAUGACCAGGGCAGCUAUGUCACCAACGAUGUCAGCAGCAGCGAGUACAUCAGCAGCAGCGACGAGGGCAGCUCCCUGACCUACUCCACGCUCUCGGACCACAUCCCCCCUCCUCCGCUCAGUGGCCGCAAGCCGGGGCUGGCGUGGCCGAGCGAGCCGCUGGCGAGCCAGCCGUGCUACUACCGGCUGCACAGCAGCGUGGCCUCGCCGUGCAGCACCGAGUCCAACCCCUACGUCAGCCUGGACAGCAGCCCGGCCCCGUCGCCCAAGCACCGCCAGUACUCGCCGCUGGCGCGGCGCAAGAAGCUCUUCACCUUCUCCAGGCCCCCGCGCAGCCGCGACACCGACCGGUUCCUGGACGCGCUCAGCGAGCAGCUGGGGCACCGCGUCACCAUCGGCGACGAGUUCCUCACCCCCGAGAACGACUACGAGGAGAUGAGUUUCCAGGAUGACCAGGGCAGCUAUGUCACCAACGAUGUCAGCAGCAGCGAGUACAUCAGCAGCAGCGACGAGGGCAGCUCCCUGACCUACUCCACGCUCUCGGACCACAUCCCCCCUCCUCCGCUCAGCCCCCCGCCCCCGGGGGCCUGCGCUCCCCCGCUGCACCGCGGGCUGCUGCACCGCCGGAGCGACUCCAACCACAUGAGCGUCAAGAGGCUGCGCUGGGAGCAGGUGGAGAACUCGGAGGGGACCAUCUGGGGGCAGCUCGGGGAAGACUCAGAUUACGACAAGCUGAGUGACAUGGUCAAAUACCUCGACCUGGAGCUGCACUUUGGGACUCAGAAGCCCACGAAGCCAACUCUCAUGCCUGAAAACUUUAAAAAGAAAGACGUGGUUGAAAUUUUGUCCCACAAAAAGGCCUACAACACAUCCAUCCUGAUCGCACACCUGAAGCUGUCGCACAUCGAGCUGCGGCAGAUCCUGAUGACGAUGGAGACGGAUCGCCUGGAGCCGUCCCACAUCAAGCAGCUGCUGCUCUACGCCCCGGACGGGGAGGAGGUGCAGCGCUUCCAGAGCUACAAGGAGAACCCGGGCAAGCUGAGCGAGCCCGACCAGUUCGUGCUGCAGAUGCUGUCGGUACCCGAGUACAAGAUCCGCCUGCGCAGCCUGCACUUCAAGACCACCCUGCAGGAGAAGACUGAGGAGAUCAAAGCCAGCUAUGAGUGCAUCUGCAAGGCCUCCCUGGAGCUGAAAAGCAGCAAGAAGCUGGCAAAGAUCCUGGAGUUCGUGCUGGCCAUGGGAAAUUACCUGAACAAUGGGCAGCCCAAGACCAGCAAAACAACAGGAUUUAAAAUCAACUUCCUCACUGAGCUGAACACAACCAAGACUGUCGAUGGGAAAUCCACCUUCCUGCACAUUCUUGCCAAAUCCCUCAGCCAACACUUCCCAGAGCUCCUGGGCUUUGCCAAGGAUCUCCCGACGGUGCCGCUCGCUGCCAAAGUGAACCAGAGGACACUGACAGCUGACCUGAAGGACCUGCACAGCACGGUGAGUGACAUCCAGAAGGCGUGUCACAGCAUGCCAGCCAGCGCCGAGGACAGGUUUGCCAUUGUCAUGACCUCCUUCCUGGAGAGUGCCCAGCCUGCCAUGCGCUCCCUGGACGACCUGCAGCACAAGGCCAUGGAGGAGUUCAGCAAGGUGCUGUCCUUCUUUGGGGAAGACUCAAAAAUGACAACUUCUGAAGCCUUCUUUGGCAUCUUUGCAGAAUUCAUGAGCAAGUUUGAGCGGGCUCUCAGUGACGUGCAGGUGGGCGAGAGCCAGCGCAGCCCCAGGAUGACCUCCCCCCUCGCCUGGUGACGGCCCCUGGCCACCUGAGGUGCAACAACUCCUUGCCAACAAAGUGCAAUUUGCUCCUGUCCAGUCUGGUUGUAAAUACGCUGCUGCCACCUGCUACCAGCCAGCAGAGUCACGGACAGAGGGUCGGGGCAGGUGGACACUGAGAAAGCGCCGCAG